AGACGAUGAAUGUUGUGAGUGUUCAAUGCAGAGCAAAAGACUUCCCCACUGCUUCAUUGGGAGACUUAGGACAAACAAUAACAUGCAAUAGAGAUGUAGGUUUGAUAUGCCAAAACAGUGACAACUUCCCAAAAUGUGAAAACUAUGAAAUCCAAAUUCAGUGUUGCAGUGCUAUUCCAGGAAGAGAUGCUGAAACAACACCAGAUACAGCCAUAGAAACAACUACAUGUUCAAUGACUACAACAACAACUACAAGCAGUCCAACAACAACCACAACAACAAGCCAUCCACCAACCACAACAACAAGCCAUACAACAACUACAACGACAAGUCAUCCUCCAACCACCACCACAUCCCAUCCACCAACAACAACAACCACCACCACAUCCCAUCCACCAACAACCACAACAAGUCAUCCUCCAACCACAUCCACCACCACCACAUCACAUCCCCCAACCACCACCACAUCUCAUCCACCAACCACUACUACCACCACUACAUCUCAUCCACCAACCACCACUACAUCUCAUCCACCAACCACCAGCACUACUACUACAUCUCAUCCACCAACCACCAGCACUACCACUACACCUCAUCCACCAACCACCAGCACUACCACUACAUCUCAUCCACCAACCACCACCACAUCCCAUCCACCAACAACAACCACUACAACAACCACUACCACAUCCCAUCCACCAACCACAACUACCACAUCCCAUCCACCAACAACAACAACUACAACAACAAGUCCACCAACAACAACUACAUCUACUACAGUGACCACAACAAGUGUUACCCCAACACCCACCAGGACAACAGGUUGUAUUCGCUACCCUGUCUGUACAAAUACCUCAUGGAUUGAUGUAAGUUAUCCAGAAUUUGGAGGAACUGGAGAUGAUGAAUCUUUUGUUAAUAUCAGAAGACAAGGAAUUUCUAUUUGUGAUGAGACGAUGAAUGUUGUGAGUGUUCAAUGCAGAGCAAAAGACUUCCCCACUGCUUCAUUGGGAGACUUAGGACAAACAAUAACAUGCAAUAAAGAUGAAGAGAUGGUGAAACAACACCAGAUACAGCCAUAG